AUGGCAGGAGAAAUGCUCGAUCCUCCCUUGAAUGGGAGACGCAUGGCAAGAGAUCGGUCUGAAAUUCUGAGAGAAAGGUUUGAGCGGCUUGAAGCAUCGGACCAGAAUUUGUUUCGAACUGGAUCCUUUGUCCUUGCGAUAAAUUCAAGCCUGUGCGGCUUAACAGCAAACAACUACCUGAGGAGAGCCCUGAAUAUAACCCAAGCUCGGUUUACGUCCGCUCUGCCAAUGGCUAUCUUGCCGUUCAUCUCUACUUUGGUGGUUUACGAAGCUUCUGUUUGCAUGCCUUUAAUGGAAGGUGAUCUGAAUUGUGCAACUUGUACCUUCGUCAGAGGAGGAUUAAUCGGAGCCGUGCUAGGUUGUUUGUAUCCUGCAUUUUUAGCCAUUCCACUCAAUGCAGGACUUGCAGCAAGGUAUGCCACGGCUCCUCUGCCAAGUAAGGAGAACAUGUUCCGGUACUGGAUGGCAGUUUGUAAACCAGUUUAUAAAAAACUGAGAUUUGCUGCAAUCCUGCAAGUUGCACUGGGAACAUUCUUGGCCUCAAAGCAUCAUGGAAUAUAUAUCAAAAUGCUCCAGUUGCCUGAACCUGGAAAGGAUCCUGAAGAACUCAACGAAUAA